CAAAGAACUACAUUAAAGUGCGUACAUUCUUCCCUGCGUCCCUGUGUGUAUAUAUUGGAAAUAUAUGUGCAAACGUAGAGUGAAUAACUAAUAUUGUGUACAACUAAUGAGAAUCAUGGCCGACAUGGACGCCGUACACUUGGGCUUGGACGAGAACGAAGCCGACAUUGCUGAGGAGCUACAGCACUUUGAUGAUUCAUUUGAUACGCGUAGCGAAGCGUCCGAGUCGGAUUCGUCUUCGGACUCUCAGCCCAGCAUAAGUUCCAUGGCUUCGGAGAAUUCGAAUGAAUCGAAAACAAAACGUAAGACAAAAACAAAGAAGUCCGAUAAGUCGUCCAAGUCAUCUAGCGAACAAAAGGUAGCUGCCAAGCGUUCGGUAUCGCCCGCCAAGGAUGCUGCCGUGAAUGGUAAAAGCCCAUCGAAAAAGCGUAAGGAUAGUGGCAGUAAAUCGGCUGAACAAUCUAAGGACUUUAUAGGUCCAAUUAAACCUGACUCUAUUGACAGUGCUUCCAAAAAGUCCCGCAAAAAGUCCAUUGACGCUGGACCAAACACAUCAACAAACAGUGCCAAUGUUAGUGGCAGUGUUAAGAGCGAUGGUAGCGACGACGAGAGUACUAACAAACCCAAGCCAUCGGCAUACGAUAGUGAUUCGGAAUCGGAGAAUUCAGACUCGGCAGCAAAUAUAAAACGUAAUGGUCGCAAGACAUCAUCGAAAACUUCGACACCCGAAAAGCGAACAUCAUCGUCCCGGUCGGGUGCAAAAGGUGUUUCCUCUUAUGACUAUAAGACUAAGCUAAAUUAUCUAUUUCGUGAUACACGUUUCUUUUUGAUAAAAUCAAAUAAUGCUGACAAUGUUACGCUAUCGAAGACUAAAAAUGUUUGGGCCACGUUACCGCAAAACGAUUCGAAUUUGACACAAGCAUUUAAGGAGUCGCGUAAUGUGCUAUUAAUAUUCUCCGUUAAUGAAAGUGGCAAAUUUGCUGGUUUUGCUCGUAUGAGUGCUCCAUCCAAUCGUGAAAUACCACAACCAGAUUGGGUAUUACCUUCGAGCAUCUCAGCUAAAGCACUAGGUGGCGUUAUUGAAAUUGAUUGGAUCUGUCGCAAGGAAUUGUCAUUCAAUUGCACAUCACACUUGUACAAUUCAUGGAACGAAGGUAAACCGGUGAAAAUUGGACGAGAUGGUCAAGAAAUUGAACCCAAAGUCGGCGCUGAACUAUGUCGUCUCUUUCCGGAAGAUGAAAAAGUCGAAUUGACACCAAUUCUACGCAAAUCGAAAGCCACAGCAAAAAUGAUGCGAGAAAAGGGUAUACGAAUGGUAUACAAGCCACCGAAGAGUUUAUCAUCGCGUGGUGGUGGGGGUGGUGGACGAAUUAAUCAUUUUCGUUCUGGUGGCGGCAGUGAUCGUAAUCGGGACGGUGGUGGUCCAAUGCGACACAAGAGAUUCGGCGGUUCACACCGUACUUAUAAAAUGCCUUACCAUCCCGGUGGCGGUUAUAAGCGUGGCGGUUCUCCUUAUAGGGGAGGUCCAGGUGGCGGAGCCAGUGGUAAUGGACAAACGAGAGCCGGUGGUGGUGAUGCCGGCCUUCCGCCUUGGGAGCGUUAUAUGACACCAACUGCAGCUGCUGAGGCAUACUUGGUAGAUUAUAUGCGAACAAUGCACGGCCAGCUGCCUCCACUGCCAUUUGUUCCGCCUUUUGGUCAAAUACCACCACCAACACCAGGUGGAACAGCUGUUCCACCCCCAGGUCUACCAGCUUCCAUGUAUGAAUUUCCUCCACCAGGCAGAUACUAUGAUGGGCCACCACUACCCGACUAUCCACCUCCGCAGCCAGCGCGUCCACCACCACCAGGUUACGAUAAGGCUGGUCCAUCAUUUGAGGAUUUUGCAGCUUGGAAACAUGCUGGUCUACCAACAGGAGCACUGCCACCAGGAUUUCCACCAAGCGCACCAGGUGUCACAAGCACAGCAGCCGCUGGCACAACCAGUACAACAACUAGCAGCACAGCCGGCGGCCCUCCAAACUCAACGUAUCGUAUUAACCGCAACAACGAUAUGAACAAUGCCAAUGCAAAUCGGGCGCGUGAUCGUCCAGGUCGCGGAAAUGACUAUCACCACCGCGGCGGCGGUAAUGCAGGCGGUUCUUCACGUGCGCCAGGCGGUGGAGCUGAUCGCGAUCGUGGUAAUAUGCGCAGUGGGGGUGUUAGUGAACGCAAUAGCGGUCGGUAUAGCCGGGGAAGUCGUCGUUAAGUGUAACACGGAA